CCGCCUCUGGCCGGGGACCGCAGGCGUCAAGGUCACGGCAUUGGCGUCCGCGCGGGUCCUCGCAGGGCUCACCGCGUCCUGGGCUGGAACCCCGCGUUUCUCAGCGUUUUAUCCGCGAGUCUCGAGAGCACGCGUGUGCGUGUCACGGCCUCGGUGCCGAGUCGGAGUUUUGAAAACCCGCAUCUCCAAGAGAAUCAGAUGUGUGCGUCAGGGAACUUCAAAAUGCUCGUUUGGGAGGGCCUUCUGCCUUCAGGGCGAACCCGUUGUCCUGUCUCUGUCUUUGGGUGCCUUGGCUUUACCCGCUUUCGUUGACGGUGGAUGUAGGACGCCUGUGUGGUGUAUGUUGGAGCGUCGACCGCGUGAGCCGGGUAGUGAAGGCACAGUUUGAAGUUUCGCUGCUGAGCCCUCCGAGCCUCCAUUUCCCACCUGUUCAGCGGCCCUGUGGCUUGCAUCAGGUCUGGGCGGAGUAGCUUUAUCGAUGUGCUACAACUGGAGCAACAACCAGCAGAAAUUCUCUUUUGACAGAUGUGAUUGCUGCUUAUCAAAGAUUCUGUUCUCGACCUCCAAAAGGAUUUGAAAAAUACUUUCCUAAUGGAAAAAAUGGAAAAAAAGCUACUGAACCUAAAGAAGUUAUGGGAGAAAAAAAAGAGUCAAAGCCUUCUAAUACCCCGCACCCUUCUGGAGGAGGCGUUGGUGGCAGUGGAAAACGAGGUGGCAAGAAAGAUGAUUCUCACUGGUGGUCCAGGUUCCAGAAGGGUGACUUUCCGUGGGAUGACAAGGAGUUCAGGAUGUACUUUCUCUGGACCUCUCUGUUUUGGGGUGGAGUCAUGUUUUACCUCCUGUUCAAGAACUCUGGGAGAGAAAUCACGUGGAAGGACUUUGUCAAUAAUUAUCUUUCCAAAGGAGUAGUAGACAGAUUAGAAGUUGUCAACAAGCGCUUUGUUCGAGUGACUUUUACACCAGGGAAAACUCCCGUUGAUGGGCAGUACGUCUGGUUUAAUAUUGGCAGUGUGGACACAUUUGAACGGAAUCUGGAAACUUUACAGCAGGAAUUGGGCAUAGAAGGAGAGAAUCGGGUUCCUGUUGUCUACAUUGCAGAAAGUGAUGGUUCGUUUCUCCUGAGCAUGUUGCCCACGGUGCUUAUCAUUGCCUUCUUACUCUACACCAUACGGAGAGGGCCUGCUGGCAUUGGUCGAACAGGCCGGGGGAUGGGUGGACUCUUCAGUGUUGGAGAAACCACUGCCAAGGUCUUGAAGGAUGAGAUAGAUGUGAAAUUCAAAGAUGUGGCUGGCUGCGAAGAGGCCAAGCUAGAAAUAAUGGAAUUUGUGAAUUUCUUGAAAAAUCCAAAGCAGUAUCAAGACCUUGGAGCAAAAAUCCCAAAGGGUGCCAUCCUCACUGGUCCUCCAGGCACUGGGAAAACAUUGCUAGCUAAAGCCACAGCUGGAGAAGCCAAUGUCCCUUUCAUCACUGUCAGUGGAUCUGAGUUCUUGGAAAUGUUUGUUGGUGUGGGUCCAGCUAGAGUCCGAGACUUAUUUGCCCUUGCUAGGAAGAAUGCCCCUUGCAUUCUCUUCAUUGAUGAAAUUGAUGCUGUGGGAAGAAAGAGAGGAAGAGGCAACUUUGGGGGGCAGAGCGAGCAGGAGAACACACUCAACCAGCUGCUUGUGGAAAUGGAUGGUUUUAACACAACAACAAACGUUGUCAUUUUGGCAGGCACCAAUCGCCCAGAUAUCCUAGAUCCUGCACUGAUGAGGCCGGGACGCUUCGAUAGGCAAAUCUUUAUUGGGCCACCAGAUAUAAAAGGAAGAGCCUCUAUUUUCAAAGUUCACCUCAGGCCACUAAAACUGGACAGUGCCCUGGAAAAGGAGAAACUGGCGAGAAAACUUGCAUCCUUAACGCCAGGGUUUUCAGGAGCUGAUGUUGCUAAUGUUUGUAAUGAAGCUGCUUUGAUUGCUGCGAGACACCUUUCAGAUUCCAUAAAUCAGAAACACUUUGAACAAGCAAUUGAACGAGUGAUUGGUGGCUUAGAGAAAAAAAGCCAAGUUCUGCAGCCUGAGGAGAAGAAGACAGUGGCAUACCAUGAGGCAGGUCACGCAGUUGCUGGCUGGUAUCUGGAGCAUGCAGACCCACUCCUAAAGGUCUCCAUCAUCCCUCGGGGCAAAGGACUGGGUUAUGCUCAGUAUUUGCCCAAAGAGCAGUAUCUGUACACCAAAGAACAGCUCCUGGACAGGAUGUGCAUGACUCUGGGUGGCCGGGUGUCAGAAGAAAUCUUCUUUGGAAGAAUUACAACUGGUGCUCAAGAUGACCUGAGAAAAGUAACUCAGAGUGCAUAUGCUCAGAUUGUUCAGUUUGGCAUGAAUGAAAAGGUUGGGCAAAUCUCCUUUGACCUCCCUCGUCAGGGUGACAUGGUAUUAGAGAAACCUUAUAGUGAAGCCACUGCGAGACUCAUAGAUGACGAAGUACGAAUACUCAUUAAUGAUGCUUAUAAAAGAACAGUAGCUCUCCUCACAGACAAGAAGGCUGAUGUGGAGAAGGUUGCUCUUCUAUUAUUAGAAAAAGAAGUAUUGGAUAAGAAUGAUAUGGUUGAACUUUUGGGCCCCAGACCAUUUGUGGAAAAAUCUACCUAUGAAGAAUUUGUGGAAGGCACUGGCAGCUUGGAUGAGGACACAUCGCUUCCUGAAGGCCUGAAAGACUGGAACAAAGAUGGGGAGGAGAAAGAGGAGCCUCCGGAUGAGAAAGUCGUCAAUCAGAUCCAAGGAGGGAGGCCAUUUUAGCCUGUCAUGUGGGUUCAGUCCGCACACUUCUCAACUCUGGCUUUCUCAGAAAACUGAGAACCCUGCUGGAUUGACCUGCACCAGCUGCUGACCCAGAAGCCUCAGAAGUCACUGUAGAGGUGACAGGGUGACUUUCUGCAGGUCCACAAGCCUCACUGGGGAUCAGACCUUGGCUGGGAGCCCAGAGAUGGGUGGCCGGCUGCCCCUCCCUCUUCAGUGAAGCUAGCUGCGUGUGUGUCAGGGAUUGACAAGUCGUGAGCACGCACCAGCAUGGGACAGGUGUUUGUUUCUCUUCCCUUCGCUCAUUCUUCAUUCCUGUUUCCCUUCAGAGUUUCCCCUCUGUGGAUGCGCUGUGAAAAUAAACUGAAAUUCUGAUAAGAAUAAUUUGACAAUAUUUUAAAGAUUGAAUUCAGAUCACCUGUCACUGUUUUAGUGGAAUGGUUUUCUAUGGAGAGCUGUAAAGUAUUUAAAAACAUAAAUGUGUACUGUAAAUACAGCUUCUUUACAGUAAAAAUAAAGUGUAAACACUACUUUCUUCUUAA